AUGGCGACGUUGCCAAAACCGAACCAGUCCUCGCAAGGGCGAGUGACUGUGGUCCUCGGAUCCCAAUGGGGUGACGAGGGCAAAGGCAAGCUCUCCGAUAUGCUAGCGGGAGAGAUGGAUAUCUGCGCUCGCUGUGCUGGCGGUAACAACGCCGGUCACACGAUCGUCGCGAACGUUGGUCCCGACAAUGUCGAGACCAAGUUUGAUUUCCAUCUGCUUCCGUCUGGUCUUGUGAACCCCAAGUGCAUUGGUUUUAUCGGCUCUGGCGUGGUGGUCCAUGUACCUUCCUUCUUUAGCGAGCUGGACACGAUUGAAAAGAAAGGUCUUAAAUGUGACAACCGCCUGUUUGUGUCGGACCGUGCGCACCUUGUUUUUGAUUUCCACCAGGUCGUGGAUGGUCUGAAGGAGGUGGAGCUUGGUGGUAGCAGUAUCGGUACCACCAAGAAGGGCAUUGGCCCAGCAUACUCGUCCAAGGCCUCUCGCUCGGGUCUCCGUGUGCACCACCUGUAUGACUUUGACACGUUCGCUGCCAAGUUCCGCAAGUUGGUGGAAGGCCGUUUCAAGCGCUACGGCAACUUUGAGUACGACACAGAGGGCGAAAUCGCUCGUUACCGUGCGUUUGCCGAGCGUCUUCGUCCUUUCGUUGUCGACGGUGUGACAUUCAUCCACUCGAUGCUCUCGUCGAACCGCCGCAUCCUAGUUGAGGGCGCCAACGCACUCAUGCUCGACCUGGACUACGGUACGUAUCCGUUCGUCACCUCGUCGUCGACGGGUAUCGGUGGUGUGUGCACCGGUCUUGGUAUUCCGCCGCAGUGCAUUGGUACUGUGAUUGGUGUGAUGAAAGCGUACACGUCGCGUGUGGGCGCUGGUCCAUUCCCGACCGAGCUCAACGACGAAGUCGGCAGGCAUCUGCAGGAGGUUGGUGCGGAGUACGGCACGACCACGGGCCGCCGACGUCGCUGCGGUUGGCUUGACCUGGUCAUGAUGCGCUACUCGUGCCUGAUCAAUGGCUACACGUGCCUCAACUUGACCAAGCUCGAUGUGUUGGACGGCUUGAAGGAAAUCAAGGUGGCUACCAACUACGUGGUGGGAGGCAAGGACCUUUCGAGCUUCCCUGCCGACCUCAACAUCCUUGCCAAGGUCGAGGUGCAGUACAAGUCUUUCCCUGGCUGGGAGGGCUCCAUUGCUGGCUGCAAGACCUACGAGGAGCUGCCCGAAGCCUGUCGCAACUAUGUGGAGUUCAUCGAAGACUUUAUCGGUGUCCACAUUGAGUGGAUCGGUGUCGGUCCUGGCCGCCACGCGAUGAUUCACCGUCGUCCGGCGAAUGCGUAG